AUGCAUGUAGUCCCCGAGGACUCUGGUUUGUGGAAGUUUGAUCAAACUGCCGACGCCGCCAAUAAGGCUUCAGAGCUCUUGCAAAAGGAUCUUGAGCAACAUCACGUAUUCUUUAACAACGAUGGAUUUCACAACCAUAUCGUUCAUCACAUCUUGGCUCUGUACGGCACAGGUGCUGGGCCUCAGGCGCUACAAAGGGGAUAUGAUAACAAUGCGGGCUACCAGCGCCGUGUUCUCAAGUCUCAUGAUCGUGUCAUCGAGGACCUCAAGUCAUGGGAGAAUGCUCAGAAGUAUCUUGGCAAGGAGCAAUACUAUCCUGACUUUUUGCAAUUCUUCCAGCGGGAGAUCGAGGCCAAGGGUUGGCAGGCUGUUCUCAAUGAGUACGUUUUCGCGGGCACCGAGUCGGCAGAUGACAUGCUGGCACGACUCUUCGCCGGCUUUCUUCACCCCCUGAUUCAGCUGAUGUACGGAGUCGAGUGGGCGCAGCCAGCCAUCGUGGCCGAGGCCCUAGCGCAGACGUGCGUCCAUCGCAAUGACCUGAAGGAAUUCCUUUUCGCCAGCGAGAAGAGGGCAAAUGAGUCAGCCAACACGCCGAUGCCCUCGAUAGUGUCCCUCCUCGAUGCGGUGUAUGCGGAUCAGAAGUUGGCCAACUCGGCUCAGGCUGGAGACAGCAAUAAGAUCAGGGACGGUGUGCUCAAGCGAGCAAAGGAGGAGAUGCUCGCUAUCACUAGCCAGGUCAAAGUUCGCCCGGAGGAGCUUGAGGAGAAGACGGUUGAGAUGUUCAAUGCGUGUGUACAUCACGUCAACUCAUCCCCUCUUUUUCUGGCGUUCAACGCUGAACCAGCAUUUUCUCUGGAGUCCAAAAGACGUCUCUUGGAGUACAAGAUCAGGAUGGACCUAGUCCAGUAUGCAGCUCGCUCUGCUCCAGCGUUGCCUCUGGAAGCAAUCGUAUCCUACACACCGAAGGAGAAACCAGGGGAGAUCAAACAAGCAAGUGAUCUGGUCUCUCGAAUUCAUAAUCUGCAUGAUGACGGACACGCUAUCAAGCUCGCCCGCGCAGCUGGCCUUUGUCAAAAUAUAUCAAAGAAAUACGAGGACAAGGACUGGAUGCGUAUUAAGGGCGAAGACCUUUGGAUGAAGGUUCAUCAUAUGGUCGUGGAUUCUGUUGAGGGACCAGGUCCGAAUUGGGUGAGGGGGGCUGGUCUAGAUGAGAUGUGGAAGGAUGUGCCAGACCAGGCAAAACUUUGA